AUGGAAAACCUAAUUCAAAGUGUGAUUCAAUCAACUCAAAUAAUUCAAGUUCCGGUUGAACCUGAUAUUCAAGAUGCAACAAUGGAAGAAGUUCUCAACAAUUGCAUAGAAAACAAUGCUUUGGCAGAGAAACGUGAAGAAGAAGAGUCAACUAACGACAUCGAAGCUGAAGAACAACAAAUUAUUUCUGAUUCUGAAGUGGAGGAAGUUCUAGGUUUCUACCAAAAACAUGCUAGUGCAAUUGGAUUUUCCAUAAGGAAAGGAAACAUGAGAUUCAAAGUUGGGACAAGAAUCGUGCUUGAAAAGACAUUUCUUUGUUCAACAGCAGGAGUAACAAACAAUGGAAAGAACAAAAAGAAAAAGUGGAAACAAUUGUUCCUGUUGUGCCCAAAAAGAAGAGAAAACCAAGGUCUGUCAUCCACGGCUUCCUUUAACUACAUGGAAAUUGAAGCUGGAGGUGAAGAAAAUUUAGGACAAUCGAAGAAAGACCAUCUAAAUUACUGCACGAGGUUAAAAAUGAAGCAAAUAGAAGGAGGUGAUGCACAAGCAGUAACUGACAUAAUGUAUUUAGAGGUUGAAGGUGACCCAAACUUCUUUUUUAGAUUUAUAUUGGAUGAAAAAGGCAAAUUGAGGAGUUUGUUUUGGAGGGACUCUAUGAUGAUGGAAGACUAUGGAAUUUUUGGAGAUAUAGUGGUUUUUGACACAACCUAUAGAACAAACAGGUAUAACCUAAUUUGUGCUCCAAUAGUUGGAAUAAACAACCACUGGAACAAUUGCAUGUUUGGUUGUGCAUUCAUAGGAGAUGAAAAGAUUGAGUCGUUUGUGUGGCUUCUACAAACUUUCAAAAAGUCAAUGGGGGGAAAAAGUCAAAUAUCAAUCUUUACAGAUCAGGAUGCAACAAUGAACAAUGCCACCAGUCAGGUCUUUCCGGAUGCAAGACACAUAUUAUGUGUAUGGCAUUUGCAUCAGAAUGCUAUUACAAGAUUUGGGGCAUUGAAACGAGAUCCAACUUUUAAGAAGACAUUCAACUAUUGCUUGUAUAAGUGUGUCACAGAUUUGAGAGAAAAAUGGUGCCCUGCCCUAAGCAAAGACUUCUUUUCAGCUGGGAUUUUAUCUUCACAACGAAGUGAAAGCACUAAUCACGUCAUCGGAUUUAGAGCAAACAGAACAACAAGUUUAACUGAUUUCUAUAGAUUGUUCAAAGGAACAAUACAACGUUGGAGAAGUAGAAAAAAGCAAGCUGAAUUCUCUUGUAGUAAAUCAGUUGCAUCCUCGGCUUUACCACUAUCUGGAUUGCUAAAACAUGCAUCAGAAGUUUACACGUUGUCACUAUUCAGAGACUUUGAGGAGGAAUUUGGAUAUUCGAUUGCAACAACAACAAAAUUAAUUUGGAUACAAGGUAAUACUCAGUUUUAUGUUGUGUCCAUUGAUGAAGAACCUUGGUCUGCACAGAGAGUAACAUACAUCCACGAGAGCCAGACAUACAUAAAAAAGAGGUGGACAAAAUCUGCCAAGUCAUCGGUUUGGAACAAAUUAGAAAAUGAAAAUCCAGAAGAGGUCCAGUACACACCUUGGCGCCAAACCAUGGCUAGGAAAUACUACAACCUUAUCUUGAAAAUCCAGUCAAAUGAGGAGACAAGAACCCUUAUAGAGGAUGGUUAUGCCGCUAGUGUGUCUCUGGUUGAUGAACUUCUAGCAUCAUUGAAUCUUUCAAAUACUGAAGAUGCUUCAACCACACAAACAAGUGCAACAGCAACACCUGAAACAGGCACAUCACGAGCAUAA